CCCCCAGUCUCCAUCACCCUGGAUGUGGAAACAGCGCAUGCGCGGCUCGAGGUGUCUGAGGAUCGGAAGAGGGUGAGAGUGACCGAGACCUGGAGGAGUCUCCCUGACACCGGGAAGAGGUUUACAGUGUAUGCGUGUGUGCUGGGAUCGGAGGGAUUCACAUCGGGGAGACAUUACUGGGAGGUGGAGGUGGCAGGGAGUCAGCGCUGGUGUCUGGGAGUCGCCGCAGAGUCUGUGGAGCGGAAGGGACUCACACUGACCCCGGAGACUGGUGUCUGGAGCAUCAGGCGGUGGGAUGACGAGUUUGAUGCAUUCACCUCCCCUCCAUCCCCUCUCCCCGCCCGUCCCAUCCCCGGGAGGCUGGGAGUUUAUCUCAGUUACGAGUCUGGGACAGUUUCAUUUUACGACGCGAACAGCAAGUCCCAUCUCCACAGCUUCACCGGGAAUAAAUUCACGGGGAAACUUUAUCCUUUCUUCUGGCUUCAGGAUGAAAACUGGCUGAGAAUCUGCUCCGAUUCGUUUACUGUGGAACGGAUCUUUGGAAGAAUGGGUUCAAACCCAAGGAGGGAAGAAAUUGGUGUAAACUUCGCAUUGACAGCCAAUGAGUGA